AAACAAAAGAAACAAGUCUGUCUUUCAUUUGGUUAAUUUCUGAAGAAAAAAAUCCAUAAGUUUUGUUAGAGAAAACAAAAAAUAGAGAAAUGGCAAAUGAUCAUGAAGAUAUAAUCAAGGACGAGAAAAACCCUCCUCCUCUGGACGAAGACGAUAUCGCUCUUCUUAAAACUUACGGUUUAGGACCGUAUUCAACUAGCAUUAAGAAAGCUGAGAAGGAAAUAAAGGAAAUGGCUAAGAAAGUCAAUGAUAUAUGCGGUAUCAAGGAGUCUGACACUGGCUUAGCUGCACCCAGCCAGUGGGAUCUUGUUUCUGAUAAGCAAAUGAUGCAGGAGGAGCAACCUCUUCAGGUGGCAAGGUGCACAAAGAUAAUAAGUCCAAACACUGAAGAUGCCAAAUAUGUAAUAAAUGUCAAACAAAUUGCAAAGUUUGUUGUUGGGCUAGGUGACAAGGUUUCCCCAACUGAUAUAGAAGAAGGCAUGCGUGUUGGGGUUGACCGCAAUAAAUACCAGAUACAGAUUCCUUUACCUCCAAAAAUUGAUCCAAGUGUGACAAUGAUGACAGUGGAAGAGAAACCAGAUGUAACAUAUAAUGAUGUUGGUGGAUGCAAGGAGCAAAUUGACAAGAUGCGAGAAGUUGUUGAACUGCCCAUGCUUCAUCCUGAAAAAUUUGUAAAGCUUGGUAUUGAUCCUCCCAAAGGUGUUCUCUGCUAUGGUCCUCCUGGAACUGGUAAAACACUUCUAGCCAGAGCUGUGGCUAAUAGAACUGAUGCUUGUUUCAUUCGAGUUAUUGGAAGUGAGCUUGUUCAGAAAUAUGUUGGAGAGGGAGCUAGAAUGGUUCGCGAGUUAUUUCAGAUGGCACGUUCAAAGAAGGCUUGCAUUGUAUUUUUUGAUGAGGUUGAUGCCAUAGGUGGUGCACGUUUUGAUGAUGGUGUGGGUGGAGACAAUGAGGUCCAGCGUACAAUGCUUGAAAUUGUGAAUCAACUUGAUGGAUUUGAUGCCCGUGGAAACAUUAAAGUUCUCAUGGCUACAAACAGGCCUGACACUCUUGAUCCAGCGCUAUUGCGUCCUGGACGGUUAGAUCGGAAGGUUGAGUUUGGUCUUCCAGACUUGGAAAGCAGAACACAGAUAUUUAAGAUCCAUACAAGAACAAUGAACUGUGAAAGGGAUAUCCGAUUUGAGCUUUUGGCCCGGCUUUGCCCGAAUUCAACUGGAGCUGACAUAAGGAGUGUAUGUACGGAAGCUGGAAUGUUUGCAAUUCGAGCCCGAAGGAAGACUGUAACAGAAAAAGACUUCCUGGAUGCAGUAAAUAAGGUAAUUAAAGGAUACCAGAAGUUUAGUGCAACACCAAAAUACAUGGUCUACAAUUAAGCAGAUCUUUUCACAAAGAAACAGAAAUUUGGCACUGCGUAUAAAUCUGUCAAAGUGAUAUAUCAUCUGAAUGAGCUGCGGUUUCAUGAAAAAAGAAAAAGUUUCUUGCUUGGUUCAUGGAUCUUUGGAUCUUUCAUUGUUGUUUUUUCUUUCCAAUGAUAUAAGCUGUAUUACAUUUGCAUAGCCGUUCAAGUUAAAUGCCUCUCGAUGGUCUUUUUCUUUGAUCAAACUUUAUUUUUAACGAGAUUUGUUGCCUGAAGAUGGGAGUGUUGUGAUCAUGGGUUUCCUCUUGAAUAUUUAUAUUAUUGUUUAGCAAUGGAUUGCAAUUCCUA